GAUGGACCAUUUUAUUUCUGGAUCGACGACGACCGGCCAUUUCGCUAUAGCCACACGCGCACUCUUUAUAACCACAAUAAAUAUUAUCAUAUUAUUAUAGCAGCUAGUUACCGUCACGAAAAUCUCGGCGUACCGCAAGGAAUAAUAAAAUUAACAUGUUUGCGCACACCGAUUUUUAACGAUAUAUCAAUAUUAUAAUAUUAUUAUGUAGAAACAAUUUAUCACGUAGGUGAAUAUUAGAUUUUUGGUUUUUGGUUAACGGGAAUCACACGUUGAUCUCGUGAACAUGUUGAUGGAUGUUGAUUUUGACGAUGAUACACCAAAUCGAUGCACCACACUCGUCUACUAUGCAUGGAAGAUAUUCACGUGCUUGUUUCUGCACGUGUUACUUGUCACUAUGGUCGUGCUGUAUUGUUUGCUCGGAGCCUUUGCUUUUGAACGUCUGGAAUCGGCAAACGAAAUUGAAGUGAAAAAUAGUAUUCGUGUAAUGAGGAUGAAUGUAACUACGGAUCUUUGGAAAUACACCAAAAAUUCAUUGGUGCUCCAACAAGAUAAUUUUACAACAAACGUUACAGCCCGAUUGCAGAAAUUUGAAGACGAUUUAAUAUAUGCAAUUAAACGUAAAGGCUGGGAUGGCGAAGAAGACACUAAAAUACAACAAUGGACCUUCACUGGGGCUUUAUUUUACUCAAUAAUUGUUAUUACAACUAUAGGUUACGGUCACAUAGCUCCAAAAACCCUUAACGGAAAAAUAGCCACUAUAUUUUAUGCGAUUGUCGGUAUACCGUUGAUGCUUCUGUGCCUGUCCAAUAUUGGUGACAUAAUGGCGCAUUCCUUCAGGUUCCUCUACUGGAAAGUAUGUUGCUAUACGUGCACCAGGCGGCAGAGACGAGUACAGUCCCUAAGGAGGUCCCGCAGUCAAAGGUCCACUACAAGAUCACACGGUUCCAGAACUACGUCACUAAAGAGAACAGGUCGAAUAUCACAGAGAUCCGCCGACAGUGCUCUUGGAAUGUCAGAUUGUUACACUAGAUCUUCUUAUUCAGAUACCGAAUGCAGGUAUUAUAAUAAAAUGGAAAGAGAAUAUGCCAUGUUUGGAGGCGGAAUGCCCGUUAAAGCUCCUAACCGAUAUUCACAGCAAUCCAGAUAUUCCGACACCGUACCGUUACGAAGACACUCGCCAGCUAUUAAACCAAGAUCAACCAGUCAAAAUAGUGGUCACCGAAAUAAUGCUAACCAUUAUUAUCAUGGUCGAUAUCGAGUACAAGAUCCAAGUUAUUCAGACGGUGAUCAACUAGAUGGGCCAGAACUGCAGCAAGUGCCAUCGAUUUUAUUUAAUAAAUAUGCGCUGGACAGAGAAGAAUCUAGAAGAAUUCAUCCGAAGCAAAGCCAAGAGAUCCGCCGGAACAUCCGGGGUCACUCGGCCGCGCCAAAUUUGGCGACGGAAACGCCGUCGGGUACGUUGCGGACGAACGGUCGAAGCAAAACACCUCAACAUCUGGUCGUGGACAUGCCGCCAAUGGACCAUCCUGACCAAGAUUACUAUCCGAAACCGAAAUUCCGACCGAGACAUCGGAAUUCCAAUCAGAGUAAGUUACGAGAAGAAUUCUUGGGCGGUGGCGGCUGUGGCGGCGGUGGAGGCGGUAAGGGCAAACGUUUGGAGGUGAUGGCGCCGAGUCCGCGCAUCAUGUCGCCGCUGGGUUUCGCCGUGAACCGGCAAUACCCUCGACGGUCGACCCGGUACAGCGAUUACUACGACGACGCGGAGCCGUGCGAGUUCGACGACAACAACCCGGACCACAUCAAGCCCGUGCCCAUAUGGCUGUGCGUGCUGCUGGUGGUCAGCUACAUAAUCAUGGGCGCGUUCCUGUUCAAGAGCUGGGAGAACUGGGAGUUCCCGGACUCGGCGUACUUCUGCUUCAUAACGCUCACCACCAUCGGGUUCGGCGACUUCGUGCCCGCCCAGCGUGUGAUGAAUAAAGGCGACGACACCAAGCUCCGCAUAUGGUUCUGCUCGCUGUACCUGUUGUUCGGCAUCGCCCUAUUGGCGAUGAGCUUCAACCUUGUCCAGGAAGAAGUCAUCAGCAACGUCAAGACCGUAGCCCGACACUUGGGCAUCAUCAAGGACGAGGACGAGGAGGAGUCCGAGUGACGGUGUUGACUCGUUCAAUAAUAUUUUACCUAAUAAUGAUAUUUAUACAUUAUCGUAUGCGUCGAAUGCAAUAUACUUUCAUAAUACGGACCGCGUACACGUCGUUGUAACUUUUGCAUAAUGAAUAUUGUUUUAGAUAAUAUUAUUAUGUUUUACGAUAUAAUUAUUGUGUUCAUGUUCUUACGGCCGUCAACCACCCGUGCCAGUUUUGUACAUUUUACCUGCAGUUAUUGUGUCUAUAUAUAGUUUUAAGAAAUUUCAUUUUAAUUACCAAAAAUAAAAAAAUUUUCGAUACACCGUUUGCGUACAGAUAUCCAAAGAAGAAACUAUUUAAAAUUUUAAAAUAUGAAAAAUAAAUUAUAAAUCAAUUUUAAAUUUUAACCUUAACUUUAAAUGUUAAUCAUUAUAGGUAUUAAUGAUGAUAAUAAUUAUGUUUAUUGUUAAAUAAAAUAUUAGAUUUUGUUAUAUAGUUAAAAAUAGUAUAUAAAAAUAUUGUUUUAUUUAUGAUAAAAAAAUGAUGUAAAAAAUAUUAUUUUGUACAUGUAAAAAUAGUCUAUUAAAUUCCAGGUAAAAUGUACAAAAUGCACGCAGGCGGUUGUCACUAGCAGUCAUAAUACGCUCGUUUCCGUCAUUCGUCUGAAAUCGUCAAUAUGUUAUGUAGGCUGAUGGGUUUAUAAUAUAUAUAUAUAUAUAUAUAAUAUUACAUAUAAACGAUGCAUUUUAAUAAUAUUAACAAUUAUUAACGGAUAGAAAUCGUUAAAAUCCUGCGCAGUGACCGAAUGACGAAAUGACGAUACUUAUCAUGCACAUUUUUCAGUGACGCUAUCUAUAUAUAAUAUCAUACCUGUUGACGAUAGACAAUACGGCCCAUUAUUAUAUUAUUUUAAAAUACUCUCAAUCGAUUAUAUUAUUAUUUUUGAAAUAUUACAUUUCACCUACGAUAAACGAUAGUUUUUAAUGAAAACUUAUAAAAAAUACCGUUAUUUAAAAGCAACGUAACGAUAUUAAAUUUGCACCAUUUCAAAACGUCCAUACAGUAAACUUAACGUUGCUUCAUGCGCCGGAAUUUCAUUGUGUAUUAUACAUCCCGUUGCAUUACAAAACUGUAAUUUAGCUUGAGAGCAUAUAAACGAAAACGAGGUCACGAAUCUUUGAUAAGGAUCAGCCGUUUAAAUCUCUAAAACUAUCAAUGUAAUGUGUAACAGUGCAUUUCAAGUACCUAAUGGAGCAAUGAAGAUAUUGAUAAAAUUAUUUAUAUUAUAUAUGUUUAGAUAAUCUAUGACUUAAAAUGGUGCAAAAAAUAAAAAUGUCAACGAUUUUAUUUAUCCGUCAAACCAUUAACAAUUUUCUAUGAAAAAAAAUUGAAUGUAACGUUUUGAAUGUUCGUUUUUUUUUUAUAUAUAGGCUUUUGAGUCAACACAACUUUCGUCAUGUUUCAUAAUAAUAAUCAUAAUUUUAGACAGUUAAGUAAGUGCCCAUAUUACUAUUUUAUUUUAUGAAAAAAACUCAAUAAAUAUAGUACCUAAGUAAGUUAUGAAACCAUCAAAAAUAUAUUUACUUUAAACAAUUUUUCUUUAAAUUCAAGUUUUUGUUUAACAUAAUAAUACAGAAUAAUAAUAAUUUUCGAUUUUAAUAUAAUAUAUUAUAAUAAAUUUGAAUAAAUUUAACUGUACGAAUUUUAUUACAAAUAAAAAAUAAAUUAAUAUAAAUACAUAAUAGAUAGAAAACAUUUGUAUACAAAUAUUGUUAUUAUAUUAAAUACUAAAUUCAAGAGUUGUACGUCAUAAUAUUAUAUAUAUAAUAUUUACUUGGAAUACAGAACUUCCCUUCUGAGUAUUUACAUAAUAAUAAUAAAUGUAUAAAUUAACCAUUUUUCUUUUACAAAGGUCUAGAUGUCUACUAAGGACUAACAUUAGGUUAUUGAAUUAAUAUAAUGGUUUUCUUAUUAAACUGCAUUUUUGGGUAAGUACUAAAGUACUUGUAUACGUUAUUCUUACAAUGUAAUUUGUAUUUUAUUUUAUCAUUUAAUACUAAAAUACUUCAGAAAGCAAUGUUCCAAGAAAAAUGUGUUUUUAUUAUAUAAUAUAUUUAUAACUGCAUUUAUUAUUAUUAGUUUUAGUUUACUAAUCUUAAUAAUUAGUUGAAUUAAAAAUAUUUUUAAUUGUGAAAGACAUUCAAAAUAAUUCAUAAAUGCAAUUUCUAUGAUUAAGAAAACUAUUUGUAACUUUAUUAGAUUGCAUAAAUAUUAUUUAUUUAUUUAUUUAUUUAUUUAUGUGGAUUAUAAUCUGUAAGAGACAGUUGUUCAGUUGAUUUAUGGUAGCCCUCAAAAAUCUUGAACAAUUAUUUAAGUUUUUUUUUUUAAUAUAUAUGCAUAAGUUGUUUCAAUAUCAUUGCACCCUAAAAAGGCCAACAUAAAUAAAUCAAUUGUAUUUUCAAGUGUACUUAACCGAUUAGUUUAAAAUAAGGUACUUAUAUAAACAAUUUAAUGUUAAAUAGAUGAUAUUGGUGAAUAACAUUUA